AUGGAGCUUCAGCUAAACCGGAAUAUGAUAAUCCGUUGUUCGCUUCUGAUUGCGUUCUUGUUCUGCAUCAGCCACGUAAGAUGGUUGGAAGCCAUCGGUGUCCACAACUGGUCAUCCAUCUUUAACAAUAAUCCGUCAAAGACCUGGGUUGUCCUAGUCGCUGGUUCCAACACCUGGAACAAUUAUCGACAUGAAGCGGACGUUUACCACGCGUAUCAAUUGGUGCGUAAAAACAAAGUUCCAGCGGAGAAUAUAAUCACUUUCGCCUACGACGAUAUUGCAAAUAAUCGCAAAAAUCCGUUCAAAGGCAAAGUGUUCCAAGAUUACCAGCACAAAGAUGUAUACACUGGGGUUGUAAUUGACUACCGUGGAAAAGAUGUCACACGGGAUAACUUCGUGAGGGUGUUAACAGGCGAUGAGAAACUUGAAGCCAACAAAAGGAAAGUGCUGAAAAGCGGUCCUGAUGACAACGUGUUCAUCUUCUUCUCUGGCCAUGGUGCCACUUCCGUUAUUGUCUUCCGAGGAGAAGAACUGUAUGCCAUGGAGUUGAACGAUACCAUCGCCUACAUGCAUUCAAAAAAAAUGUUCAACAAAUUGGUGCUGUAUAUGGAUAGCUGCAACUCCGGAUCAAUGUUUCACGAUGUUCUUCCUUCAAAUAUGGGAAUCUACGUGACAACAGCAGCCAACGAAAAUGAAGAUUCCUUUGCUAUGUUUUGUUUGGACAAGAAAAUCGAUGUUUGUCUAGCGGACGAAUACUCGUAUGAAUGGCUUUUAGAUUCGGAUUACAAAGACAUAAAAACGCGUACACUGGAGGAACAAUACGAGGAGGUAAAAAGGUGUACAGUGUUUAGUCACGCGAUGAAAUAUGGCGAAAUGGCGAUGGGAAGUCUCCCAGUUGGAAAAUUCCAGGGUCAAUAUGAUCUGUACGUGCACCGGAAUGAAGGGGCCAUAGCAGUAAGUGUGCGGCGCAGUAUUCGCUAUUUUGAAUUGUCCAUUGGAUUACUUACUGCUUAA